UCUGCCUACUGAAUUUUAUUGCUAAGCAAGUUUAGUUUUCAUCAAACAAAACAAAAUGAAGCAAAAGGUGGUUAUCAGAUUAUCUUUGAGUGGGAAUGAUCAGAAAUGUCGGACCAAGGCCUUCAAAGUAGCUGUUUCUCAGCCAGGUGUGGAAUCAGCAGCUAUUACAGGGGACGAAAAGAACCAAUUAGAAGUUGUGGGUGAACAGAUUGAUUCCGUGAAACUGACGAGUGUGCUCAGGAAGAGUUUGGGUCAGGCGGAACUGGUGAGCGUUGGCCCUGCUGGUGGUGGCGAUAAGAAGAAAGACGAUAAAAAGCCCGAAGUUGCAGCUAUUGUGACACAUCCGCAACCUGCCUUGUACUACUAUACCUAUCCUCAAUACCCUGUUUACCAAGUUACAGAUUCAUAUGAUCAAUCCAACUGUUCCAUUAUGUGAAUGCCAGCUUAGAUUACCUACUGAAUACAUAGUGUUUAAUACUCAUCUGAGCUUUAACAUUUCCAUGGUUUGAAGUCAUCCGUUUCUAUGUAACUUAGCUCGUUUGGAUCGUUUUUAUCCUAUGUACAUUACGGGAUACUUUGCUGGUCCGGAGAAUAAUUACUUGGGAACUAGUGAAAUGAGAAAUUAUGGGAAUUCUGAACAA